CCAAAACAAAACCACUGCGCGUUGUCCAGCCUCCUGUCACUCCUCCCCGCGUGUCAGAGCUGUGCCGUCCGGUGUACCGAGGACAGUGGAGCUAGUGUGGGACAAAUAGUUGCGCUGAAAUACUCAGCGGCCGGCCGUUUGUCGAUAAGCUUACAUUUAAGAUAUGACUCAGCGUAACACUGUUUUCAAGCUUGCCAGCUAGUGGUGUGUGACCAGGAGGGAGAGGAAGGAGACAGCAGAGAGCAUGGAGCUGUCAGAUGGCUUGCUGCUGCAGGUCAACAAUGGAGAGCAGUGGUGUAACCGCUGGAAACAUCCCAAUGAGGACUCAGACCGCAGCACCAGUCCUUCAGUCCUGCGUAGUGUUGCCAGCACGUGGAAGGAGGGUCUGCUGAACAGAAAGAGGCCCUUUGUGGGGCGCUGCUGUCACUCCUGUACACCACAGAGCUGGGAGAGACUGUUCAAUCCCAGUAUUCCAUCUCUGGGUCUGCGGAAUGUUAUCUACAUAAAUGAGACUCACACUAGACAGCGGGGGUGGUUGGCACGCAGACUGAGUUAUGUGCUUUUUGUUGUGGAGAGAGACGUCCACAAGGACAUGUUCGCCAGGAACGUGGUGGAUAACGUGCUUAACAACAGCAGCGUGGAGAAUGCUAUUGUGACAGUAGCAACAGACCCGGAUGCUGCAGCCAGCCAGCUUGGCCAGGAGCACAAAGCUGUCAGCAAAGUAAAGCAGAAAGCCAGGGCCUUCCUCCAAGAGAUGGUUGCUAACAUUUCCCCAGCCUUCAUUAGGCUAACUGGUUGGGUGCUCUUGAGGCUGUUUAAUGGUUUCUUCUGGAGCAUCCAGAUCCACAAAGGACAACUGGAAAUGGUGAAGAAAGCAGCUUCAGAGCAAAAUGUGCCCAUGGUCUUCCUCCCUGUUCACAAAUCCCACAUCGACUAUCUGCUCAUCACGUUGAUUCUGUUCUGUCACAACAUCAAAGCUCCACACAUCGCUGCUGGAAACAACCUAAGCAUCCCCAUCCUCAGCACCCUGAUCCGUAAACUUGGAGGUUUCUUCAUACGACGAAGAAUGGAGGAGUCUGCGGAUGGGAAGAAAGACAUUUUGUAUCGAUCACUUUUGCAUGCAUACACAGAGGAAUUGUUGCGGCAGCAGCAGUUUUUGGAGGUCUUUUUGGAGGGGACUCGGUCUCGCAGUGGUAAGCCAUCUCCAGCACGUGCGGGCAUGCUGUCCAUCGUGGUUGACACGAUGUCCACGGGGACUAUCGCAGAUGUGCUGGUGGUGCCAGUUGGCAUCUCCUAUGACCGCAUUAUUGAGGGAAACUACAAUAGUGAGCAGCUGGGCAAGCCGAAGAAGAACGAAAGCUGGUGGGGAAUAGCAUGCGGAGUGUUCAGGAUGCUGAGGAAGAACUACGGUUGUGUCCGUGUUGAUUUCAACCAGCCCUUCUCCCUAAAGGAAUACUUGGACACCCAGAGAAGUCGUCAUAUUCCACCACCAGUUUCUCUGGAGCACAUUUUGAUGCCCACCAUUAUUUCUGCAGAGCCUGAUGCUCAGCUGUUUGAUGGACAGGAGGAAGAGGAGCAGGUGAACAGAGAGCUGCCUGAUGACAUCUGUAGACGACAACUGAUCAACAACCUGGCCAAGCAUGUUCUCUUUACGGCUAAUAAGUCAUCAGCAAUCAUGUCCACCCACAUUGUGGCCUGUCUGCUGCUGUAUAGACAUAGACAGGGGGUGGUGCUGUCCAAGCUAGUGGAAGACUUCUUCAACAUGAAGGAGGAGAUCCUGUCACGAGACUUCGACUUGGGCUUUUCGGGGAACUCGGAGGAUGUGGUCAUGCGUGCACUCCACCUCCUGGGAAACUGCCUCAAUGUGACCAGCGGUUCUAAUCGCAAUGGAGAGUUUACCAUUGCACCCAGCCAAACUGUACCCGCGCUUUUUGAGCUCAACUUCUACAGCAACGGCCUUUUCCAUGUUUUCAUUUCUGAUGCAAUCAUUGCCUGUAGCGUCCUAUCACUGCAGCGAGAACUGGUCAUCGAAUCAGAGUCUGAUCGCCAGCCUGGCAAUCCCAGUAAUCUUCUUCUCAGUCAGGAGAGACUCAUCCGCAAGGCUGCUGGUCUCUCCCACUUCCUUAUCAAUGAGGUGGCUGUAGCACCACCCUGCCAGACAAUUUACCAGGUUUUCCAUGACACAGUAACCCGGCUGAUCCAGUAUGGAGUUCUUUAUGUGGCAGAGGAGGACCAGGAGGAACUGAGCCCAAGCCCCACAGAGGAGCCGUGGCCCAAAAAGUUCUCUGAGCCCCUUUCCUGGAGAAGUGAUGAAGAGGAUGAGGACAGUGAUUUUGGAGAGGAGCAGAGAGAUCGCUACCUUAAGGUGAGUGUGUCUGCAGAGCACCAGGAGUUCUUUGUCUUCCUUCAGCGACUGCUCAGCCCGGUGCUCGAGGCCUACAGCGGGGCUGCAAUCUUCGUGCACAGUCUGAGCCAACCCAUGGCUGAGUCCGAGUACACCCAGAGGCUCUUCAGAUACCUGCUGACACGCACAGAAAGAGGAGUAGCUGCUUAUGGUGAAAGUGCAACUCAUUAUCUGGUGAAGAAUACAGUGAGGACAUUCAAAGAGCUCGGGGUCCUAAAGGAGAGGAGAGAAAACAAGGUGACAACUCUGGAGCUAAGCAACACCUUUCUACCUCAGGAAAAUCGGAAUAAGCUCCUGCAGUACAUCUUAGGUUUCACCCUGCUGUGACCGCGACACGUGUCAGCCCAUCUUGGACCCCAGGCUCCUUCCAAUAAAGGGCUUCUACUGGUUACUUCUAAACAGUCCCAGGUGCUACUCUGUGGAAAGCUUUACCAGGAAGUGCCUUCACAUAAAAUCAGCUAACUAUUAGCUGUUAGUUGGAAGAGACUUGAAGCCAGUCUUCCCUUUUGUUUUGUUUUUUUUCAGUCUCUAACUCCUUGUGUUAAAACUGUGCAGCUGAUUUAACACGUGUAUUGAAGGGGUCCCUCAAUCAACUAUUCGUUGUGAACUUCGCCAGUGAAAUCAAAAAGGUUUUAAUACAAAAAAAAAAAAUUAACCAUGCAGUCCGAACAAAGCAAGCUGCCUUUUGUCUGUACAAGCGAACAAGUAAAAUAUGCAUAUAAAAAUAACUAAACAACGAACAACAGAGGAAUUUUUAUGUUAACUCUUUGCGCUUGUUUAUAAAGUUGCUGUAUUCUCUCAGUGCACUCUAAUAUCUUACAGUUUAAAAUAUUUCAAUUUCCUGUACAUAGAUCAAAAGAAUAAUUUCAUUUAUAGUGCACUGCAAUUAUUGUACUCUGGUGUAAUCAGAGAAGUUUGCUGCCCACUGAGAGAUACAGUGCACCUGCAAAUUAUGUACAUAUCCAAGGUUUCAGUGGCAAAAUGUAUGAAUUUAAAUCUCCUUACAGUGAAGGUCAGUUAUUCCUAGUUGCUGUUUUUUUUAGAUAAAAACAAUCAGUGUCAGAACAGUUUGGCCCAUCAACAAUAUUUACUUAGCGAAUGCAAUAUGUACCUGUUGAAAGUCUGAUGCAGUCGAGGCCUAAAACCACAUCCACCUACAGUUAAGUGCAUUCAAACCACUAAUAUCUAAGUGCAUUCACUUACACUUUUCAUAUGAAAAGUGACUUUGAUCUCUUUAUUUGCAGAACACCUCACUUUUCCAUGAAUGUUACACAGCGCAGCACUUAAAAUAUUGAGUACCAGCCCUCACACCCACUUUUAUUCAAAUAACAAGCUCAGACACUCUGUGGCAUGCCUUUCAGGGAAAGCAGAUAUUUGGGAUUCCUGCUAAUCCUCUACCAUAAACACACUGUAUAGCCUUUAUAGCACUGCUGCUGAAAGAGCAAUAGGUGGGCAUUUGUGAGAUAGAAGUACUGCUUAGUGUGGUUAAAAAUAGAUAUACACUGUGUAAUAAUCUUGAACAGUUUGCUAGUUGUGAGUGCAGUAUAGUGUCUCCUGUUCUAUCAAAAAGACAUUUUCUCCUUACAGGCCUCUUUAAGGUCAGAAACAAGCAAAAAAAAAAAAUAAUAAUAAUAAUAAUAAUGCAGUCAUCUUAAACUUCCAGGUUAAAUUAUUCUUUUUUUUUUUGUUAUAGCAACAAUUGUUUUUAUUUCCUCAAGAAAAUUUAAUUUCAUAAUCACUUAUGUGAUUGAAUAAAAAAUCUUAAAUUGACUUACAGUAUGUUAGAUUGUUAUACUUAAAUUUCAACAUUUAUAUAUCAAAAAAUAAAUCAGUGUUGGGAUAAAAAGUCAGACGAUGUCUGACUAUAAAAUUAAGAACCCAGAAUGACCAAAAUUAAAGACUGAUGGUGAAACUACACAGCACUGUGCAUUUGGCUGCAAGUUUCCAGUUCUAUUGUAAAGCAACUUGAUAACUUAAAGUCAAUAUUUUCGUGUGUCUUUCAGUCUCAGUUUGUAAUGAACAUGAAUAUAAACGUACACCGCUCUUCUUGAUGGUUUACGCAUGCCCGAUGAUAGAAAAGAGGAAGCAGCAAGUUUGAAAUUGUCAUAGGAAGUUUGAUGAAUUACAUCAUUAUUCAAUUAUUGGAUUGCUCAUCCAGUCCUGAGACUGAUGGUGUGAGGGCAUUGUUGAUGCGUCAGGGCGAUACAAGAAGUGGGACCUAGGUGUCCCGUUGGACAUUUAAAUAAAUAUUUCUAUUUAAAGACCAUGUGAUAAUACAGCUCUGCUUGUUACAGUUCAUUGUCAAGUAUUUUUUUUUUCAUAUUUUUCAAAACUUAUAAAUGGAAAUAAGGUUACUUAUUGGUGAAAGAUACCUUAAAAGCAUGUUGAAGAACAGAAAAGUAUGUUACUGAAACAGGAAUGUGCUCUGAGAGUGUGGUGAGCAUUCUAGCUUUUCUGAGCCCUCAGUCUGUACAAGUCUCCUCACCAGGGGACCCAUCUGCCAUGAUAAAAACCACUAUAUGUACUGUACUGCAUGUUUCCUCUGGUCGCCUUUAAUCAUUGACACUUCAAUGUGAACUCUGCUGAACCUGAUAAUGCUCUUUUGCAGCCUUACAGCUGUGUAAGUUGUGUCGAUGAAAGGGAGCUGUAUGUGUAGAAGAUUAAUUGUGUUACCUCUUGAAUGUUAUCUCAUCUAAAAAGGUCAUUGUGAUGUUGUGGAGUACUCAGUGGAUGUGGUACAGAUUUAUAGUUUUUAUGAACUGCUUGUGGGAUACUGAAGCGGCAUUAAUGACAUCCCACUGCUCUGUAUAACGUAGGAUAAAUACCUGUAUCUAGGGAACAGGUGCCUUUUUAACGCACUGUAGUAUUAAUUUGUUGUGUUUGUUUUUUGUUGUUUUUUUGUGCAUGUGAACAAUUAUUUUGGGAGUCCAGAUGAAUGCUGUAGAUCGCAAGUUGGAAAAAGAAAAUACACAAGUUGAGAGAACAUGUUAGAAUCACCAGCUAAUAAAUAUGUCACACUUUUGUUUUUGCUUUAUCAAAGCAAAGCACAAUUGGCAUUGUUAGACUUUGUUUUUAAAUAAAUAAUGAUAGAUCAA